AAUGGAAGAUGAGGCGGUGCUGGACAGAGGGGCUUCCUUCCUCAAGCAUGUAUGUGACGAAGAAGAAGUGGAAGGCCAUCACACUGUCUAUGUUGGGGUCCAUGUGCCUAAGAGCUAUAGGAGAAGGAGACGCCACAGAAGAAGAGCUGGGCUAAAAGAGAAGAAGGAAAAAGAGAAAAUCUCUGAGAACUACUCCGACAAAUCAGAUGUAGAAAAUGCAGAUGAGACGAGCAGCGGCAUCCUUAAACCACUCAUCUCUCCAGCUGCUGAGCGGAUCCGCUUCAUUUUGGGUGAAGAAGAUGACAGCCCUGCACCCCCUCAGCUCUUCACCGAACUGGACGAGCUGCUGGCAGUGGAUGGACAGGAGAUGGAGUGGAAGGAGACGGCCAGGUGGAUAAAGUUUGAAGAGAAAGUGGAACAGGGCGGAGAGAGAUGGAGCAAGCCUCACGUCGCUACUUUGUCCCUGCACAGCUUGUUUGAGCUGCGGACGUGUAUAGAGAAAGGAUCCAUCCUGCUGGAUUUGGAGGCCACCUCUCUCCCUCAGGUAGUGGAAAUGAUUGUGGACAAUCAAAUUGAGACAGGCCUGUUGAAACUAGACAUGAAGGACAAGGUCACCUACACGCUGCUCAGGAAACAUCGGCACCAGACCAAGAAAUCCAACUUACGCUCUCUGGCUGACAUCGGGAAGACCGUCUCCAGUGCAAGUAGGAUGUUUACCAACCCUGAUAAUGCACGCAGCCCACUCGAGAGUUCUGUGCCCUGCCUAGCAACCCGCACGUUGGAUGAUGAAAUCCGAGUGCAGCGCAGCCCCAGCGUGGGAUGGCUAAGCAGUCCGUCCAUGACCCAUAGAAACCUGACUUCCACCAGUCUGAACGACAUCUCUGACAAACCUGACAAAGAGCAGCUGAAGAAUAAAUUUAUGAAGAAAUUGCCCCGUGAUGCAGAGGCCUCCAAUGUGUUGGUUGGUGAGGUCGACUUCUUGGAAAGCCCUUUCAUUGCCUUCGUCCGGCUGCAGCAGGCAGUUAUGUUGGGUGCUCUGACCGAAGUCCCCGUUCCUACCCGAUUCCUAUUCGUUUUGCUGGGUCCUAAGGGCAAAGCUAAGUCCUACCAUGAGAUUGGUCGAUCCAUUGCCACUUUGAUGUCUGACGAGGUGUUCCAUGACAUUGCCUAUAAAGCCAAAGACAGGCAGGACCUGAUCGCUGGAAUUGAUGAGUUCCUGGAUGAAGUCAUUGUGCUUCCACCUGGGGAGUGGGACCCAACCAUCAGGAUAGAGCCCCCCAAAUCUCUCCCAUCUUCUGAUAAAAGGAAAAACAUGUAUUCGGGUGGGGAGAAUGUGCAGAUGAACGGAGACACGCCUCAUGAUGCAGGCCACGGAGGUGGGGGCCAUGGUGACUGUGAAGAACUACAAAGAACUGGCAGAUUUUGUGGUGGUUUAGUCAAAGAUGUAAAGAGGAAAAUACCUUUCUUCGCCAGUGACUUCUAUGACGCUUUAAAUAUUCAAGCUCUUUCAGCAAUUCUCUUUAUCUACCUGGGCACUGUGACCAAUGCUAUCACUUUUGGAGGUCUCCUUGGUGACGCUACAGACAACAUGCAGGGCGUGUUGGAGAGCUUUCUGGGCACAGCAGUCACCGGAGCGAUCUUUUGCCUUUUUGCGGGUCAGCCCCUCACAAUUCUGAGCAGCACAGGACCGGUCCUUGUCUUUGAAAGACUUCUCUUUAAUUUCAGCAAAGACCACGACUUCGAUUACUUGGAGUUCCGUCUCUGGAUUGGCCUGUGGUCAGCCUUCCAGUGUCUUGUUCUGGUUGCGACUGACGCCAGCUUCCUGGUCAAAUACUUUACCCGCUUCACAGAGGAGGGAUUUUCCUCCCUCAUCAGCUUCAUUUUCAUCUAUGAUGCUUUCAAGAAGAUGAUCAAAUUAGCAGACUAUUAUCCAAUCAAUUCCAACUUCAAAGUGGACUAUAUCACAUUUUACUCCUGUGUCUGCAAGCCACCAGAGCCAGAUAACAGUUCACUAUUUAAUGAGACAACGGCAGCAUCAGUGGAUUGGCUGACCAGUUCCUCUGCUGAGACGUACAAUAAUACUAUCGACUGGUCGUCUCUGACAAAGAAGGAGUGCUGGAAAUAUGGAGGCUACCUUGAGGGCAACAACUGCCAAUACGUCCCUGACAUCACCCUCAUGUCUUUUAUCCUCUUUUUUGGUACCUACACCUGCUCGAUGGCCCUGAAGAAAUUCAAAACCAGCCGUUAUUUCCCAACCACUGCCAGGAAGCUUAUCAGUGACUUUGCCAUUAUCUUGUCCAUUCUGAUUUUCUGUGGAAUAGAUGCCCUCGUUGGUGUGGAUACACCAAAACUAAUUGUGCCAAGUGAAUUCAAGCCAACCAGCCCCAACAGAGGCUGGUUUGUCCCACCGUUCGGCGGGAACCCCUGGUGGGUGUACCUCGCAGCAGCCAUCCCCGCGCUCCUGGUGACUAUUCUCAUCUUCAUGGACCAGCAAAUCACGGCUGUCAUUGUCAACCGGAAAGAGCACAAGCUCAAGAAAGGUGCUGGCUAUCAUCUGGAUUUGUUUUGGGUGGCCGUGCUGAUGAUUGUAUGUUCCUUCAUGGCCCUGCCCUGGUACGUUGCGGCUACUGUGAUCUCCAUUGCCCACAUUGAUAGCUUGAAGAUGGAGACGGAGACCUCAGCACCCGGAGAGCAGCCCAAGUUUCUGGGAGUGAGGGAGCAGAGAGUCACUGGAACCCUUGUAUUCAUUCUUACUGGCGUGUCCGUCUUUAUGGCUCCCAUCUUGAAGUUUAUUCCCAUGCCGGUGCUCUAUGGCGUCUUUCUAUACAUGGGUGUCGCUUCCCUUAAUGGAGUGCAGUUCAUGGAUCGUCUGAAGCUGCUUCUGAUGCCUCUGAAACAUCAGCCUGACUUCAUUUAUCUGCGUCACGUCCCGCUGCGCCGGGUCCACCUCUUCACGUUCCUGCAGGUGGUGUGCCUGGCCCUCCUCUGGAUUCUCAAGUCAACGGUGGCUGCUAUAAUAUUCCCAGUCAUGAUCCUGGCGCUUGUGGCAGUCAGAAAAGCCAUGGACUAUUUCUUCUCCCAGCAUGACCUGAGUUUCCUUGACGACGUCAUUCCAGAAAAGGACAAGAAGAAGAAGGAGGACGAGAGGAAGAAGAAAAAGAAGAAGGGCAGUUUGGAUAGUGACAAUGACGAUUCCGACUGCCCCUACUCAGAAAAAGUCCCAAGUAUUAAAAUUCCAAUGGACAUCAUGGAACAGGAACCUUUCCUAAGUGAUAGCAAACCUUCCGACAGAGAAAAAUCACCAACAUUCCUUGAACGCCAUACAUCGUGCUGAUAAAAUUCCUUUCCUCCAGUCACACACUAUGCCAAGCCCUCCACGAACUCCAGUGAAAGUUGUGCCUCAAAUUAGAAUAGAACUUGAGCCUGAAGAGAAUGGUUAUUUCUGGAGGAGCAGGGGAACAGAAACUACUUUGUAAUUUUGUUUGUUAAACUUAUACUGAACUUUUGUCAGCCAAAUAUUAAAAUGCUUCCCUGCCGCACAGGUAAAUCAGAAACACACUGUACCUUUCUCGCCCAGCUUUUCCACUCUCAACCAACAUUCUUUUUUGCCUUCUGUCACUCAGACACACACACCCCACUAAUGUUUUUAAGCAGAGGGCAGAAGUAUUAAGGAUAUUUUAUAAUACCUUUGUGAAAUGUCAGAGGAACUGACAUUACCUUAGUUGUGAAUCAGUGUUUGUUUGUUUUUUGUCUGGCAGAACAAAAACUGACCUCCAGGCUAAUUCAAUGUCUUUAACUCCACCGCUCUACACUACUGGAAAGUGCUGCUACACUAACUUGUUCUUAAAGCCUAUGUUUGUAGUCUCAAGAGAAGGAAAACUUACAAGGUACUUCACUCCCAGCACAAACUAUCGCCAGCAUUGUAGCAUGUGUUCUGAGAUGUCCCUUUCCUAUGCAACUUUUUUUUUUAAACACUUUAAUGGACUUAUCUGUCAGGUACACUGAAGAGUGUUAUUUUCCUAGAUUGUUUUGUUUAAAUUAUGGGGCCUAACCUGCAACUUUUUUUGUCAAUUUUUUUUAACUUUUUUAAUUAUUGUAAAGAAAAAUGAAUUUUUCCUGCAGCAGGAAACAUAUAGUUUGGAGUAGUUCUACCUCUUAUUUCUAGAUGCCAGGCUUUCUGUAAAAAAUGUAUUGUAUAAUAUGUGAUUUUUAUAAAAAUUACAGUCUAAGUCAUGGCAUAGGGCUGGAUCAGUUUAAUACCUUCCUUUGAAACUUUGUUUCUUAAUUUUUUUUAAUAAAUACAAGACUAGCGGUACAUGAAAGUGACAGGAUGCACGUUAACUCGUCUACUGUUUAGGAAAAGACUUACAUUUAAUGGCAAUAACAGUAUCAGUGGACAGAUGCUGAUUGUAUUAAUUUUGUUGCUUUCCAAUACAGUACUGUUAGAAUUAUUCUAUGUACAAAUGUGUGUGUGGCUAUACAUGUUUGCAUGUAAACAGAGUGGACACCAGAAUCAUAGGAUUAAGGGAGAGAGAAGUAAGGUUUAAACCUAUGUAUAGACAGCUAUAGCAUUUCCUACGUAAAGCCACCACUUAGUCAUGAAGGUCUACUCUCUGAAUGCGGAUACUGUACUGUACUGUACUCCCCCUAGAGCCAUUCACUGUUAUGUGUAGAACUUUCUGUGGAGCCCAUCAUGACAAAGAUACCAUGUGGAAUGCAUCUUCUAAACUGGGUAAAAUCUCCCCAUUCACACUCAUUACUUCACUUUUAAACAAAGCAGGCAAUGUCUAUUUGGGAUGGAGGUUCUUUUUUUUAAUUCAGUCUAAAUGUACCAAACCAUGUUGGAUAUUGGGCAUUACAAUGGAAGUUAUCCACGUGCCUGUCGGAUACUGUUUGGCCUUUGUGAGGGAGCAAUCUCGUACGGGACAGGACCCUGGGUUGCUAUACAGUGAAAGAUCUGCUCCCGUUCCCUUUGACUUCACUGGGCAGAAGAUCAGGCCUCAUGUUUAACUCCAUAUUCAUUUUUAAAUGAACGCGGACAUCCCCACAAACUUUGUACGCACAUCAGUUUUGUUCCCUGAGGCAUCGGAAGAACUAAUGGCCUACAAGGCUGUCAUGAAAAGAACAAAGCCCUUCUCCAACUAACAACAUAAAUGUCAUAGUAGUACUGAAUGUCAAAUUUUAGUCUCCAGUCAGUAACAGCCACACCACAGGCAUAAACUAUUAUAGAAUAGGGGUUUUUUCCCUUGUCCAAAUGUGCUAUAGGAGUCUCUUGAUGUUUUUUUUUAAAUAAAAUGUAAUAGUAAAAGUCAGCAGAACUAUGGACCAUAAUAAUUGCACCCUGAUCUUAUUAGUGCUAGGGGAGAGGUAGCACUGGCAUUACUGAAGCUACAUCAUCUUGCAAUAAGCCCAUUUUUCUCCCACUGGCAGGGGUAUUAUUUGAGAAUUACACUUACAAGACUGUAGUGUGUCAUGUUUAGCAACAAUAUCUCACACACACACUUUGCGGGUGGGGUGGUACAUUUUAAACAAAUGCCAAACACAGCCUUUAACAAACAAACAUGCACCCUCCUGUUCCAUUGUUAGACGCUCUAAGUUCCAGCCCAUAGUCAGUCCGCUGUUCAGAACUUUCCAGGUGACAGCACAUUACAGGGAAGGCAAGGCAGCGCUUUUCCUGGGCAGAUCAGCAUCCCAUAAAAAGUUCAACCCUGAUUGUCCUAAAUGACAUCUGAAACAUUCAGAAAAACCAGGAAGGGAGUGUCUGUUGCCUUCAGCUAACAGCUCUGGCUAACUGGAGGGUGGAUAAUCAGGGAUGUGCUAAGGCCAGGCAAUGUGAAUUUAAAACAAAUAUAAAACACUGUAUUCAUUCCUCUGUAAAAAUCCCAGCCCACUAUAAUGUGAAACCAGAGAGCCAAGUACCAUGUACAAAGCACGUGGUGUGUAGGAUUUUGUUCACCACCCUCUAAUUUCAGUUUAGAGAAACCCAAAUGUGCUUGCUAAUGAAGGAUUGGAAUAAAUUAGUGCUGGACAACAGCAGAUUUCCUUAAACUAGCACUGAGGGAAAAGAAAA